UUGACCAUUUGGCGUCGGAAGGCCGCCCCUGUUAUACCUACCCACGCACACGCAUGGAGAACUGGCAGUGUCACUUAUGCCUUAAACGUUCGCGGUGAUCGUAACUUCGUGAUCCAACAUCGCCUUUUUCAACACGGUUUUCAACCGGUAAGGGGAGCGAGACGAACCUGCGGCUAUGGGGGAACCCGAGGAAGACACAUUCUGCAAGAAGAUGCGGAAGGCCACCAGAGACAUCCAUGCAGUGAGCGACGCGCUCGUUAACGCGAAGCUUGCAUUUGCAUUUUCCGACAGUGGCGUAUGGGCGGAUGGCUUGUUGGUAUUCUACGAGGUUUUUCGAUAUUUGGAAGGAGCAAUGAUCAGGUUAAAGAACACGAAAGUUGGCUCCCUCAGGCUUCCCGGUCUCCAAAGGACCGAGGCUUUUGAAUUGGACCUGGAAUACUACCUCGGCAAAGGCUGGAUGAAGAAUUACACCCCGAGGGACAGCGUGGUGAAGUACCUGAUGCGCUUAAGACAGCUCGAGGACGCGGAUCCGAAUCAGCUGAUGGCGUACAUAUACCAUUUGUACAUGGGUUUGCUGAGCGGAGGUAUAAUACUGCGAAAGAAGAGGCAGCUCAUGAGAAAACUUUCGCCGUUCAAAGACGUGCCAAUGGGGGGUGACUGCGUUACGGAUUUUGGCGAAUAUAACGUGUUUCAGCUUAAACGCGACCUGCGUAACACGAUGAACGACAUCGCGGAUACCCUUGACGAAGACACGAAGAAUAAAUUGAUAGAAGAAAGUAAGACUGUAUACGCGUUGAACAACGAAAUAAUAAGGAGUGUUAGAGGUGCGGGUCCAGUCGUUAUCAAGAAAGUAAUCUACUUCGUAAGCAUUUUCGUUUUUUUACUAUUCAUAUUCUUCGUUCUCUUCAAGUAGGUAUCGAAUCUGUUUUUUGCUUUUUCAUUUCUCUUUUUUUAUCGAACUGUCGUCGUGGGUUGUAUUAAACUGGUCGUAAGAAGACAUGUAUAUACAUGUACAUAUACAUACACUUACGUAUAUACACGUGUAAAUGUAUAUAUAUAUAUUAUAUAUGAUAAUAUUAACGACAAGUUAUUUAAUAAUUUAUUUAUACAAUGCAUAAAAUCUUGACGAGAAAAUUUUCAAAAUUUAAUACCUUAUACCGUGCGUUAUAACGUCACGUUAUAGUUUCGUAAGUUGCGAGUAUAUGUGUAAGUAAUAUUUAGUAGGUCAUAAUGCGAGAAUUCACCGUUAAUUAGAAAGUCUGAAGAUAGAGCAUCACAUCUUUUCGUAAAUUUUGUGAUAGUAGUUUUAAGAUUUACAAACUCCAAGGUGUCCAACUGGUGCAGUGACGAUUAAAAAUUACGAUUCCAAUCAUUCACAAUGAACAAAUUUUAAACGAGGAGCAAAAAGUGGAGAAAUAUGAAAAUCUUCAAAUUACGAGUCCGAAAACUAAGAAAUUUUAGCUAUUCGAUUUGCAGAGACUGAUUUGGAAACCUGGUAAGCCGCUGGAUACCACGGAGUUAUUUUAAUAUUACCUCUUAUCUAAGUCAUUAAUCCCUUUUAAAAUUCAGAACCGGUUACAGUAGGAUACGCGACAUUUAUCAUAUAGCUUAAAUAUAACUUAAAGUGAACUCGUCCCCUUUUAAUCAUCACAUUCACAGCACUGAAUAUUAUAUAUUUUGACAGAAACAAGGAAUCAAAUAUCAUUAAAAAUAAAAUCAAGAAAACUUAAUAUAUUUGCUCAACUAUUUAGAAUGUGACGUAAGGUGAAAAUUAUUGAAAAAUACUUGUAAACAUAUAAACAUAUGCGUGGUAAGAAGUUGGCGAACUAAUUUUCAGACAACAAUAUUUUAUCGAUAAUAUACUUGAUAAGUAUUCACUUGUCGCUACGCGUUUGGUUUAUGCUGCAUGUUAGCUCAUGAUAAUUCGAACGUUGAGAAUUUUUCUUGUGCAGUAAUCGGUAAAUGUUUCUAUGGCAUAGAUGCAUGUGUAUUUAAAUUAUUGCAUACCGCCAGCCUCAGAAAUUAUUUUGCCACAUUUUUAUCGAAUCUCUUAAGGCAUACAACGGAUUGUCUAAGAGAAACAUAUUAUCUACUUAUCUAUGUCUUAAUUCAUACGUGCGAAGCAGCUCUGAACGCGUUGAAAUAAUAUCAAUGAUUCGUCAUCAAAUUUUACGCUAUCAUAUCGAGUAAGAAUUGAAAUAAAAAAUGCUUACACGAAGAAUUCUCCAUUCGCAAUAUUCUUUUUGUCAUUUUUCGUAACUGACUAUCCAUCCAAAGAUAAAGUUCUAUUUAUUAUAUAAGUGAAUACCGUUCGUAAUCAAAAAUGCGAGGUUUAAUGAAUACUGAAGAAUAAAAAAUAUCGUAGAUCACACUUAGUCGUAGUAGGGUAAUCAAAUUUUUAAUUAAAAUUUAUUCGACGUACAACAAAUCUCAAUAUGUCAUUUAUUGUAAUGCUCUGUGAAUUUUCUUGUAAAUAAAUUCCAACACACUGACAAUAAUAAUA